AUGGUAGUGCUGCAUUCUGGCUGCCCGGACGUGCAGAGGGCGCUGAGGGCACUGGCGAAGGCACUGGUGGGGAGGAGAGUUGCAUGUAUCCCGAGCCUCUCCCAUUUGCUGCUAUCCCCCACCCCUUCACCCCCUUCCUAUCAGAUGGUUGUGCUGCAUUCUGGCUGUCCGGACGUGCAGAGGGCGCUGAGGGCACUGGCGAAGGCACUGGUGGGGAGGAGAGUUGCUCGCAACAUGAAGGUUAUUGGGCAAGCGCGUGUGCCGAUCAUCAAGUUUCUAGAGAUCGCCAGUGGAGUGUCGUUUGACAUCAGCCCUUCGCCUCAUCUCCAUCGUGCUGAAGCUCUUCCUGCAGCAGAGGGGGUGUUGAGGCGUCUCAACAGCCCAACCCUUGUUUGCUUUCCCUUCCUUCCUCUGUUGCUCCCUGUCUUGUCUCCCCCCGCCCCAGAAAUCCAUGAAGGCCAUGCCAGCACUGCGACCCAUAUCCAUCGUGCUGAAGCUCUUCCUGCAGCAGAGGGUUGGUUGGUUGGUUGCGCCUCAACGGAACUCGUUUCUGCAUUCUCCUUCUUUGUUCCCACUUGUCUUUGUCACCCCUUCCACCAGAAAUCCAUGAAGGCCAUGCCAGCCCUUCGCCCCAUAUCUCUCGUGUUAAAGCUCUUCCUGCAGCAGCGGGGGCUCAACGAGGUGUUCACAGGGGGAAUUGGGUCCUUUGCGCUCCUGGUCAUGAUUAUGGCACACCUGCAGGUGUGUUUUAAGGGGUUACAAGCUGUCCUGUGCGGUGCAGUGCAGUGCACUGCCCCUCAUCUCCCUCCUACUGAAGCUCUUCCUGCAGCAGAUCAGAGGGGGCUCAGCGAGGUGUUCACAGGAGGGAUUGGGUCUUACGCGCUCCUAGUCAUGAUCAUGAUGCACCUGCAGGUACAUGUCUUUGGGAUGUUUACAAGGCGCAUAGCAUGGGCAUGCAGCCCACGGCAGCAGAGGGGCCUCAACGAGUUGUUCACAGGAGGCAUCGGGUCCCUACGCCCUGCUGGUCAUGAUCAUGACGCACCUGCAGGUAAGUACACAGCCUCGUGUGGUGAUGCUUCAGAGCAUGUGCAGCCCUCUGCAGCAGGAGGGCCUCAACCCUCAACAAGCAUGGUGCAGCAGAACCGCUUCAUGUUGGCAGUAGAGGAUCCGCAGAUGCCAUCCAACGACCUCAGCAGGGGCAGCCACAAUAUACACAAUGUCCGCCUUGCCUUUCAGCGAGCACACUACCUCCUCACCACGCCCACACUCCCUGCUGCUACUGGCAACGCUGCUGGCAGUCUGCUGGCUAGGUUGAUACGUCUUGAGUCUGCCAUUGCCAACAGACCGCCUCCACCUAGAAUGGCUGAAGAGCGGGAGGAGAGGGAGGAGAGGGAGGAGAGGGAGGAGGAAGGGGAGAAAGAUAAGGAGGAGAGGAAGAAAGAGAGGAAAGGGAAGCAGGGAAGGGAUGAGGGAGAGGGGGAGGAGGAUGUGGAGGAGGAGGGAGGAGCAAAGGAGGGGGAGGAGAGGGAGGAAGAGGGAGGACAAAAACAGGAGGGGGAGGAGAGGGAAGAGGGGGCACGAAAGAGGAAGGGCAAGAAAGUGAGGGAGGGGAAGAGACAGAGGGACAAAAAGAAGAGGUUGUGUGAGGAGGCUCAGAAACAGGCAGCUGAAAUCAGUGCAGGUGAAACAGGAGAAGAAAGGAUUAUAGAGCAGUUGGGAAUGGUGGUGAGAGAGAGAGAUGGCAGUGUGGAGGUGAGAGGAGUGGAGAGUGUGAGGGGAGGGGGGGAGGAAGAGGAGAGCUUACCGAGAGGGGGAGACAGGGGAGAGUCAGCUGGUGGUGGUGAUGAUGAGGGUGAAGGUGGGAGGCGGAAACGGAAGAGGGAGAAGCGGGGACGUGCGUUUAUGGCGAUGCUUGGUGUGAACGAUAAUGACAGCAAGUAA